AUGUGUCUGGAGUAUAAGAAGUCUGUCUAUAAAGAUUAUGUGUACAUGAAAGAGUAUAACUCCCUCCUUGGUCAAAAUGUGCUGCUUACGGACUGCUACACUGAGCUGCUGAUCAUUCAGAGACACAGAGGACAGAAUGAGAGAGAAAAAGAGAUUUGCUUCAGAGGAGAGAAGUUCUUCAGUGCCAGAGACAGUGAGAAGUACAGUAACUUCACUGUGGAGCAGUUUUUCAGUCCAGAUGAUCAUGGACUCAUUCCAAAAGCAGUUGUUCUCCAGGGAAACUCUGGAAAUGGCAAAUCAUUCACUGCACAGAAGAUUAUGUUGGAUUGGGCAUCUAGUAAACUCUAUGCAGACAAUUUUGAUUUUAUUUUUCACCUGAAAUGUGAAGACUUUAACAAAAUUUCUGAGGAGAAAAGUCUGGUGGAGCUCCUGAGAUACAGUCAGAGUUUAACACCAGCACAGAUCUCACAGAUAUUACAGCACUCACCAGAGAGAGUUCUCUUCCUCAUAGAUGGCUUUGAUGAACUCAAACUCUCACAAGACAACAUGUCCAACCUGUCUCUGCCCACUGUCCAAACUCCACCCUCACCUGAGUCCACUCUGAAAGCCCUGCUGAGUGGACGCCUGCAGUAUAAGUCCUCCCUACUGGUUACCACCAGGUCUACAGCUACAGAUAGACUGAAUGAGCUGCUCAAAAAACAACCCCAACGAUUUACUGAGAUUAUGGGCUUCUCUGAGAGGGGGGUGGAGGAGUAUUUCCAGAGGUUCUUUAAAGAUGAUCAGCUCUUACAGACACAGGCAUAUGAGCUUGUGAAGACAAAUGAAACCCUCUUCACUGCCUGCUCCAUUCCUGUGAUCUGCUGGAUCAUCUGCACAGUCUUCAGAGAGAGGUGCAAAGAUGGUUUUGAUGCAUCAAGUGGACUGGAUACAACCACCUCCAUAUAUGUUGACUUUGUGUCCACUCUGCUGGAGCACCGCUGCCAGGGUUUGAGUCAGCCUGUCCCCAGCCUGCUGAGGAGUCUGGGCCAGCUGGCAGAGAGAGGGAUGCUGGAACAGCAAGUCCUGUUUGAUAAGAAGAGUGUGUCUGAAACAGUCUCAGAUCCUACUAAUAAUCCUUUUCUGUGUAAAUUUCUAUUUAAGAGGAAAAUCCGCCAGGAGACAAUGUUCAGUUUCUUGCAUCUCAGUUUUCAGGAGUUCUUCACUGCUCUUUACUAUGCUCUGUUGAAUGAAGAGGAAUCCCAAAGGAUUGUUAGAGACCUUCUUCAAUCUUUAGACUCAACACAGCUUGAACAGCAGAGGAAUAACAAACUCUACUUCCUGCCAGUGAUCCAGUUUCUCUGUGGUCUGUCUAAUGAGGAAGUCAACAUUUCUCUUGUGGAAACACACAAGCUCUCUGUUUCCCCAAACAUAAAAGCACAGCUGAAGGAAUGGAUCAUCUUCCUUCAAGAAGGGAACAUGUACCUCCAUAGAGAUAUGAGGAUGUUCAUUCUUUACUGUCUCUAUGAGCUCCAUGAUGAGGACUUUGUGAAGAAAGCUGUUGAGAUUUGGGAGAACAUUGAUCUUUCUGGUAUUCCCCUGAGGAGGACAGACUGUUGGGUGCUGCAGUACUGUCUACAGUUCUGUCCACACAUCAAAAAACUCUCUUUCAUUUGCUGUAAUAUCACAGCUGAGAAAUUAAAGAUUCUUCAGCCUGCAGUGUCCAAGCGUGAGGAGUUAGCGUUGAUGGUGGAGAACCUGUCAGACGAUGACAUCGGUGUUCUUGUCUCAGCUGUGGGAGAAGGAAAAAACCUGAGUUCCCUUGAACUGCAGAACAGUGUUAUGUCAGAUCAGGGUGUGCAGCAGGUCCUCUGUUUUCUCAACAAACAGAAGAAUGUGGAUGAAUUUUACCUCACAGUGAAGACCAUCACUCCAAACACUGCUGCCAUGAUCAUAGAAUUUUUCCAGAAUGAAAUGAUUUUAACAGAUAUAAGUGUUAAGGUGUGUGGGUUAGGUGUUAAGAGUUUCUGCUCAUCUCUCAGUGUGUCAGUCACAGAUGGAGACUUCAGGCUGUCUGUUGAAGAUUACAGGGGGACAGACUUGGAUGAGCAGUUCGAUGCUCUGAUGUCUUUCCUGAACUCUGUGUCUGGUCUGAAGAAGGUGGAUCUGAAUGUGAUCAGUCUGACUGAGAGCUGGGCUGCCAGGAUUCUCUCCCUCAUCCAGACCUGCCCCAGUCUACAGGACAUCAGUGUUGAGGUGUGUGGGCUCAGUAAUUUGAAUCUCUGCUCGUCGCUCAGAGCGUCAGUCACAGAUGAAGACUUCAGGUUGGAUCUUGAAGAUGCCAGUUUGACUAUUUUUUCAGAGAUGGAUGAAUACUCCAGCCCACAGACUGAACCGUUAAUCUCAGAAAUCAGUCUUACCUGUCCACGCUCAGAGACAUCCAACAUCAACUGGACAAAAUUCACCCAGACCAUUUAUGGAGUAAAUAUCUCCAGAGAAAAUUCUCCGGAGUAUGACCGGUUGGAUGAUCUACUGUCUUUCCUGAACUCUGUGCCUGGUCUGAAGAAGGUGGAUCUUAAUGUGAUCAGACUGACUGAGAGCAGGGCUGUCAAGAUCCUCUCCCUCAUCCAGACCUACCUCAGUCUACAGGACAUCAGGUUGUCUUUUGGAGAGGACACAAGGAAAUCCUCAGAGAUCUCCAGCCCACAGACUGAGCCAUUAUUCCCAGGAAUCAGUCUCACCUGUCCAUACUCAGAGAUAUCCAACAUCAGCUGGGCAACAUUCACCCAGAUCAUUCACAGAUUAAAAGACGCCACAGAAGAGUGGACAGACUUGGAUGAGCAGUUCAAUGCUCUGCUGUCUUUCCUGAGCUCUGUGCCUGGUCUGAAGGUGGUGGAUCUGAUUGUGAUCAGUCUGACUGAGAGCUGUGCUGCCAGGAUCCUCUCCCUCAUCCAGACCUGCCCCAGUCUACAGGACAUCAGUGUUGAGGUGUGUGGGCUCAGUAAUUUGAAUCUCUGCUCGUCGCUCAGAGCGUCAGUCACAGAUGAAGACUUCAGGUUGGAUCUUGGACAUGAUGGAUGGAGUAGAUUUUCAGAGAGGGGUGAAUCCUCAGAUGAAUCUUCAGUUGAAUCCUCAGAGAUCUCCAGCCCACAGACUGAACCAUCACUCUCAGGAAUCAGUUUCACCUGUCCAUACUCAGAGAUAUCCAACAUCAACUGGACAACAUUCACCCAGAUCAUUCACGGAAUAAGAGACGCCACAGAAGAGUAUGUUCUAUGA